CCUUUGAAAGUAUUCACGGCCUGGGAUGUGGGAAAAAUGCAAUGCCACUCUAUGCAUUAUCGCUCCAUGGAUACCAUGAAUUGAUGAAGAAUUUUCCGUCCAAAAGUCGGAUUGACAUGGACGCCCAAGACGAGCCGUAUGGCAACACCACAGUCAAGAUCUGGAGUGCGAGCAGCGGCGCGUGCCUCCAGACGCUCAAGGGCCAUAGCGAUUCGGUCUGUCAAGCAAUGCCUAGUUUUGAGUUUGGAGGGUAUUUGGGUAACAUCCAACUCAGAGAGCCUACUAUGGCUACCGUCAUAGUAUCGACCAUCAUGUUCAACAGUAUCCGAGAAAAUAUGAUUGGUAUUGGAACUGGAAACGGAAGGGUACGGAUAUGCCGUGUUAAGCGCAACAAGCUUAAUAAAUUCUAAGGCGUUAGAACAUUUAUGUCAUAUUUACUCACUAUAACGUUACUUAUUUUUUUUAUCCUCUCUAUUUCAUAGAGGGACGGGGAUCAACGUAAAUAUAUAGCUUGCCAAUUUGCCACACCAAAGCUUCUAGCAAACUAC